AGACGACCAUCUUUGUCUUUGAUGAAAAUAUAGGAUUUGUUUUCAUGGCUUUGUCUCUUGCGAACGUGAUAGGGAAGGAAAUGGAUAGAGGCCUUCAGCCUUCGAGUCCAAGGAGAACGGAGAGGAAGAUCAUUGAGAAGAACCGAAGGAAUCGGAUGAAGCAUCUCUACUCCGUGCUCAACUCCCUCCUCCCCUCUCAGCCGUCUAGUCAGGAAGCGAAAUCACUGCCUGACCAGAUAGAUGAAGCCAUACUAUACAUAAAAGGCCUGGAGAAAGCAGUGAAGGAAGCCAAGGAUAAGAAAGAAAACCUAAUGGGCAAGAAGAGACCGAGCCCAAGCCCAAGCCCAAGCAGCAACACGUUGGAGGCCAUAAAAUCACCCCAAAUUGAGAUCGGAGUGAGAGAUUCUUCUCUGGAGGUGAUAUUAACUAGCGGGCUACAUGAUCAGUUCAUCUUCUUGGAGAUUCUCCGGAUGCUUCAUGAGGAAAAAGUCGAGGUACUGAACGCCAACUUCUCCGUUGUCGAGAACUCAGUUUACCAUCUGGUGCAUGCAAAGAUCGGCGAGUCUGGUUUAGGCGCAGUGAUGAUAGCUGAACGGCUGAAAACAUUGGUGAAUGGAUCUGCAACUGAUGGAGGCCCUGAAGAAUUUUAUCCAAAGUUAUGGGACUGUGAACUAAGUUCCAACAUAUGGAAUUUCUAAAACCCACGGAUGCAAAUUAAACUAUGGAGCGAUGUAGGAGGCAAAUUUUCCAAUGUUUCAGCUUGUGAAUUUUGUAAACAUUUAUUAGAAUCUUCGAUCUGAAAGCAAUUGUUUUAUUGUGCUGUAAUCGAGUACUUGAAAAGAAGUGCAGUAAUCUAUAUUUGGAGAUAUAAUGGAGAAGAUUAUCUUUAACCUCC